AUGAGGCAGACACACAGUUACACAGCCUCCCACUACGUGAAUGAGGGCGGCUUUCCCUUAAGCUGGAUGUGCCGUUGCUGUAUCACCAGUGCUGCCACCCGGGGCAUGCAGGAUGAAAUUGAAGAGCAUUACUCGCGCCGCGAAACUCAGCCUGGCAAGAUCAUCGGUCGCCCUGCUGGGCAGCAAGCAUACCCCAAGCGAACAACCAUGCAAUACCAGCGGCAAUCCCCCGACACGACGGUGCAGAAUUCGCAGAGAGGUGAGCGGCAGGAGGCGGCUGAAUCGACGUCGAACACUGGCUCCGCGGAAAGAGAUACGUAA